AAAACAUGUAUAUAGAACCUCGGUGGUGGAAAACACACGAACCAGAUAAUGUUCAAUUAUUGCAUUAUUGCUUAAAAAAUAAAGACAAAAACAAUGGCCUCAUCUGUCAAACAAUUUUGUACCAUUUGCCACGAUGAUGGAAUCUCCAACUCAGCAGUCACAUGGUGCACAGAAUGUGAGAUUUUCUUUUGUGAACCCUGUCAAAAACCUCACAGCAAGUCAAGAUUGUCUAAGAACCAUAAAACCAUGUCUGCUGAAAAUUACCAAAAGAUACCUACAUUCAUACGAGAAAUAAGUAGCCAAUGCAAAGACCAUAGGAAGAAGUUUGAACUAUAUUGUUCUUACCAUGCCUGUCCAUGUUGUGUUCAGUGCACCACAGAUAAACACCAAAAAUGUCACGACAUGAAACCACUGUCAGAUAUCCUAAAGCAAGUUAAAUCGUCUGCUUCAGUUCAACUUCUUGAAACAGAUUUGAAGGAUGUGAAGGAAAACUUAGAUACAGCCAUUAAGUACCUAAAAACAAGGAUCAGUACCAUCAAUACUCAAAAAAAGAAAGCCAUUGAGGAAAUCCAGAAGACGAGGAAGUCGAUAGCUGAUUACUUAAACAAAUUAGAACAAACCAUACUCGAUGACUUGGAGUUUAAACAUUCGAAGCUGAAAUUAAGCAUGACGACUCUAGUAGAACAAAUGGAACAGCGAGCCAGUAAGAUGAAACAAAUACAGAGUGAGUUUACUGAAAUGACAAAACAUGCAACUGAGUUACAAAUGUAUAUUGGUCUAAGAGAAAUUGAGAAAACAACUUCACAAACAGCAAAAUAUAUUGAAGAUUUAGAAAGUGGAGACAGCUUCUAUGAAAAGAAUCUAGAGGUUAAAAUUUCAUCUGCUCUUCGGUCAAUAUUAAAAGAUGUAAAAUCAUUUGGGGAUGUUAAGAUGAAUACCGCUUCAUCUACUCUCCAAAUAAAGACCGGAAGAAAUUAUCAAGCCCAGCAUUUGGUUCCAAAAGGUCCAGGAAUAGAUCAUAUUAAGCUAUCCUUCUCAAAAACACUCAUAAUUCCAGAAGAUAUGAGGACUUUGGAAAUUAAUGCCACUUUAAUUCUACCAAAUGGUAAGUUUGUAAUACUUGAUUCCAACAAAAGCCAACUAUUGAUGUUCAGCAAUGAAGGCAUCUUUAUCAGAGAAAUAGUUACGUUCACAGAUGGUCCAAAUGGUGCUUGCUUUGUAAGUCAAAAUACAGUGGCUGUCACAUUAGGCAAUAGAAAACAGACAACAUUAGUGGAUAUAGAAAAAAAUGCAAUCAUUGAAAGAAUUGAAUUUCCUCAUGAGUGUGAGGGUGUAGCAAGUGAUGGUAAAACUUUGGUUAUCAGCGAAGAUGGUGGACAGAUUACUACUGUUAAUCUGAAUGACAAGUCUCAAACAAUCUUAGAAGUGAUUGGGACUGAUUGUAUUUCAUUGUUCCAAGGAAAAAUAUAUUGUGCUGUUUACCUUGAAAGCAAAGUCUACUGCUACAAAAUUACUGGUGAGCCGCUGUGGACAUUUCAGCACCAAUAUAUUGCCAAGCCAGCAGGAAUUACAUUAGACAUGAAUGGCUUUGUUUAUAUAGUUUCUAAUGAAAACGAAAGCAUUGUGGUAGUAUCGCCCGAUGGUAAAACAUGUAAAAAAAUACUAUCAGAGGCUGAUGGAAUCGAUGAUCCGUGGGCAAUAGACAUUAACAGAGAAACAGGAAUGAUGAUUGUGUCAAGUGAAAUAAGUAAUGAUAGUGGUGCUAGUGGUGCAACCUAUGAAACAGCUUUUGUUUAUGAAAUCUAAAAUUAAAUUCAUAAUCUUAAUCAAUAAAAGUUUAUACAUAAAUGUGCAUAAUAUGUUUAAUCAACUUAGAUUAUAUCAAAUAUAUUACUAGGAUACAGUCCUAAUUAAGGCGUCUCCUUCUUUUUAUCAUAAUAGCCAUAAGGGAACUUCUUUACGGAAAUACUGAAUUAA